UUUUAUAGUUUGGAUUUCACCACAAUCGCCGAAAGGCGUGGAUUUCUUGCCCCAUUUCUGCAGGAAAUAUUCACAUCUGCCAUGCUGGGUCCGUAUUCUGUUCAGAGUUGGCUAGGUUUUACGUGGUAAACCAAAACUCGGAGGCUUUUCGGCAAUGCUUGGAAUUUCGUUACUCUGCUUUGUGGUUCAUUGCAUUAAGGUGCACGCCUAGUUCGCCUCUACGUGGUGCAUGAUGGCUAAUGCUAAAUGAACUAGCAACACUGGCGUUCAGACAAACCAAGAAAGGUUCUCUUGACCACGGAAGACACAAAACUGUAAACCAUGCUUUCUUUAGAAAAAUAUUUGUAGGUUACAAGUGGAUCGUAAAUAAACUGUCCUGUGAUGUACCGUUUCAUACCUCUCAGGGCCCUUAGGAAACCUAAAGAAGGACAACUGUGGUAUUGUCUUUUUGUUGUUGCUGCAUUUUAUUUCCCUACAGAUGCUCCCGUUUGUAAAAGUCGUUCUACAAAACAACAUAAACAAUUGCGGUUCGCAUGCGCUUUCACAAGAUCCCGGCGAACUUAACAGCAUAACUUGCUGGUCGCUUGGCGCGCUGCUAUUACAGUGGGUAGUAAAACAAGACGGAGUGUCCUCACUUCUGAGUUUUUGUUAACUUCUGAAAUCGUCGUGCCCUCCGGCUAUCGCCAGCUAUAUUUUCAUUCGUAUGAGAACUGUUUACAAUGUUAAGUGCAUGUAACUGACCGAUUUCUGCAAGUUAUGAUGAAGGAAUCUCUGCGGUACUGACAAUCUUUGAGAUUGAGGUUUCUUGUGGGUGUUCACGUUGUGAGUGUUUGUAAAUAUUUGGAGCAUGAUGAAUAAACAAACACUCCAGGGAUUCACAGCCAUUCCAGUUAAGUGUAGUGAAGAAUCUUCAGCAUCGCAUUGCAUUUUCUGGAAACAGCAUUCAAUCAGAGAGAAAUGUGACGAAAAGCCAGCAGAUCGAACACUUUUUAUCAUCAACGUACCCCCUUAUUGCACGGAGGAUAACUUCAAGAAACUGUUGGGAAUCUUUGGUCAUGUUGUUGCAGUAUUUUUUCAUAAGAGCCCGAAUGCUGGCUUACCGCCUAGAGAGGCCUCUCAGUUUUUCCACACUCAUGAUGAGGUUAAGGGUUUCAAGGUAGCUUAUGUUGUUUUUGAGACAGCAGUUGGUCUUCAGGAAGCAUUAUCUUGGGAUGCCACAGAGCCACUUAUAUUAUCAAGAAAGGAUGCGCCUCUGACUUGUGGAAUUAAGAAAUGGUGUUCAGAGUACAACAUGAGAAUUCCUGAUGUCGAUGCAAUGCAGAAGGAAAUAGAUGAUUUUAUGGAAAAAUUUGAUCACAAGAUGGCUGAAAAUACUAGGUUGGAAAAGCAAGCAAUGGAGGAAGAUGAUGAGGGAUGGGUUACUGUUACAAGGAAGGGAAAGAAACCAGGAUUUGCAAGAAAAGAAAGUAUAGAAAAGAAAAUCAUGAGCAAAGAAAAGCAAAAACGUUCAAAAAAGGAACUCUUAAAUUUUUAUACUUUCCAGAUCCGAGAGUCAAAGAUGAAACACUUAGCAAAAUUGAGACAAAAAUUUGAAGAAGAUAAGAAGCGAAUUAAUGUGUUAAAACAGUCGAGAAGAUUUAAACCUUUCUGAUGUUCAAAAAUUAUUUUGUGAAAAUUGUGAAUUUAGAAUAUAAUUUUUGAGAGUUACAGGGAUAUUUUUGUAGAUUGCAGUGGCGGAAAAUAACUUCAGUUUCAUUCUGCAAUUAUCUGCACCUUGUGUACUCACUGUACCUCUCGCUUUAAAGAACAGUUUUCAAUUUGCGUUCCCCAAGAAAGUGAAAUGCUAAUUACAGGAAGUUGUUUAAUAUUAGAGCUGUUAUGACGUAAGUUCUCUGUUAUGGCUGUGAAGACUCUAUCAUAUGUAUUGUUGCUUGAAACUGUAGUUACUUUGAAGUAAUUGGACAGACUGAUAUGAUGAUUUCCAUCAACAUCAACCUUAACAUCAUGUAAAAACGAUGAUGCAUUCAUAUUCCAGUCCCAAGCUGAAUACAGAAAAAGUUUAUACCUACACCUAUGCCUUAAUUUUUUAUUGCAUUCUUUUCAUGUUUAGAUGGUAUAUUUAGAGGUGUCCAGGCAAGUUCAAUAUUCCAUGUUAACAGACAGUAUUUUAACUGAUGACUCAAAUAUCAUUGACAGGUUUUUUUAGGAGAAGCAACAUUUUGUACCCCCAUUGCAAAAUGGGUUGGCUACUUUAUAGGCUUUUUAGACUAGUGCUAAAAAAAAGUCAUGUAAUCAGUACUGAAUUGUAGGAAGUGCUCCAAGAGCCAUUUGUUGUGAAUUCUCAAAACUGUUUCUCCAUUUGUGACGGCUUAAUAUUGUGUCCAGGUCUCAUACAAACUAUAAACCCUUGUUUACGAACAUUGUAGAUAGGAGGUACCUAUAUUAAAGUGAUAACAUUAGUAAGUUUGGUGAUUAAUGCACACAAUUUUUUCAAUAGUUUUAAGUUUUAUGAAAUUGACGAAAUUGUCCUCCUCCUGUCAGAUGCUGGCUGCUCUUGUGUAGGUGUGUAAGUUGUCAAGUCACACCAAAUAAUUCUGACAAGUCUCAGAACAUUUUUCUGUGUAUUAUAAGUCUGCAAUCACUGAUUAUCUGUUGUAGAAUAUUCUUCGCUUUGUAUAUACAGUAUUGUGGUUGUAUUUGCUUGGCCAUUGUGAUACUAAAUGUAAAAUAUCAAAAUACUUACACAGUAAUUGAUUCCAGAAAUUAAGUACUUGUGUUAGCUUCAGUAGUUAGUGUGAUCUUUCACAGAUGAAGCUGGAGGUGGCUGCUCAGAGAGUCAUGACCUGCAAGUUCUUGAUGAAAGACUGCUUUGGCUAGUGUGGGACUAACAAAGAAUUGUUUUUUAUUUAUAGAUUACUGCUUUUGUCUUCCCAUAAAACAGCUUCUGUGUUGUCACUGCUUUAUAAUAUCCUGUGCCUGUAAGAGAUAUCGCUAGAAAACAUUUGACCAUUGCUCCAUAAUAUCUGAGCAAAAAGAAAUUUCUUUUUAGUGAAUCAGUUCUUCCCAGAUAUUUUUAAGGAAAUAUUCACUCAAUUCAGUUAUAUAAAAUAAUAAUUUUGUAAAUUAAUAUGUAUUGCAAGCUGAAUUUAUGGUAUCACUGGUACCUAGUUUAUCAUGUGUUCACUCAGCUGAUCAGUGAUGUGUUGCUAUGAUGAAGUGUUUGCAAUUUUAGUGUCUCCAUUUUCUAAUGCUGCACAUAAAGAGAGAAUAUUCUAAUCAAAAUUCCUCUCAAAUGAUGCCUAGUUCUUAACACGCGCACGUAAAUAGUUGGUCUGAUUUGUAUCAUUACAGGAUUGUAUAACUACCUAUGGAUGUUUAUAUUUCAUUAGUCAGUACUUCAUGGUGGUAUUAAUUUCGCAACUUUUACCUUUUUAAUGCAGAUAUUGCAACAGUAUAUGGCUAAGUAUGACUUUCAUUUUUGUGUAUCUGUGUCUAUAAUUAUUAAAUUUAGAUGAUGUGAAAAUACUUUUAUUUAUACUUUGUGACAAAUGAAAAAGUUGGUACAGUGAUAAUAAGAGCCAUUUUGAAAUAAAAAAUUUCAAAUCGU